CCAAAUGUAGCAGUAGUAAAACUACAUUUCCCGGCUACAGUCGGGUUUGAAGUGUUGUUAACGGACACCUGGGAUCGGGCAUACUGCAACAACUCUGGAGCUGCUUACAAACAGCUGCCUCUCGUCGGGCACAAAACACCGAUCCCUGUUUUAGCGUUUAUUGCUGACAGCUGCCAGAAAUGUCAGAGACGUCAAGUGAUGCAGAGUCGUCCUGUGGCUGGACCAUUAUUAGUAAUGAGGGUUCAGAUAUCGAAACGCUGGGAUUGGAGGCUGCAGUGGAAUAUGGAGCCGAGCUGUUAGAGCGCCCUCCAGUGGAAGAGGCAGAGCUGCAUGACACACAGGCCUCUGCAUCUGGUGCUGGAUGUGUUGAAGAGAGAGGUGCUGAUUCCCUUGACGACACACUGGGAGAACGAACCGUAGAUGAGACACUGUACGUCUCUGAGGCAGGAGACAGUGCUGAGGGGAAAGGGCAUGUCUCUCUGUUGUCCUUCAGCGAUCACUCUGACAUCGUGACUCUGGGAGACUUGAAGGAGGACGAUCACGCAGACGUGGAAGAGGAGGCAGCAGCCAAUGAGGAGUUUUACCUCGGCACGUCCUGCAGCAGCCAGUACGCCUUCACUGCUGCAGAGACUGUUUUCCCAGUGCAGCAGCCAGCAGUGACAAACUCGAGCAGCAGUGAGGACGAGGGAGGACAAGGCGCCAGCACUGUCAUACGAAGACGGCGGGUGAGGAAGAACACCACGAGCAUUGUGACAGAGCCUGAGGAAGAGGAGGCACUGGAAUCUGGUCCAAGUGAAGAGGAAGAGGAGACGCAGCAGGAGGAGCAGGCUGAAGUUAGACCUGCUGCGGCUCUGCAUGUCCGAAUGCAAGGCCAGGGCAGCAGUAUACUCAACAAGUGUAUCCUGCUCGCCCUCAUCAUAGCCAUCAGCAUGGGCUUUGGUCACUUCUAUGGCACAGUCCAGAUUCAAGAAAGACAGAAGAUUGUGGAGAAAAUCAGAGUGAAUGAGCUUGAUAGUGUGAGGGAUCUGCUUCGAGAGGAACAUUUUACAAAACAGGCUCAGAGGGGAGACUUUGCCCUGAAAGACUUGGAUGAGCAAAAAGUUAUUUCACUGCUCACAGAGGUGAUUGAAAAGAUAAAGAAAGAAAACCAGGAGAUCAACGUCAACCAGGCGCACAUUCAGGCCCAGAGAGAUGACCUAGAAAUGUUGCUGAAACAGAAAGCUGAGGAGAGGACGAACAUCGCGGCUCAGCAACAGAGGCUGACGGCUGAAAACCAGCAGCUGAAAAGAUCGCUGGAACGAGAAGAAAAGUCUCUGUCCACUUUACAGGAGGAGCUGAGAAACCUGCGCUCUAAGAUUAGAGAACUGGAGGCGAAGGGAGCUGGAGCUGACUCACUACUGUCAGAAAACCACAGGCUGAAAGAGCAGCUGGAGGAGGAGAAGCAGCUGAUCAGAAACUUCCACACCCAGAGGGAAGACUUAAUGGCUGAAGCACAGACACUGAGGAAGAAGCUUGACAAGGAGAGGAGGUCCACAGAUGAGAUGAGGAGAGAGCUGACUCGUCUGAGAAGUCGCAUCCCUGGAGCUGGAAAGGAGGCCGGUUCAGAGGCAGAAGAGCUACAGUCACGUCUGAUGGAGCUGGAGAAGCGACUGAGCUUUGAACAGCAGCGCUCUGACCUGUGGGAGAGGCUGUAUGUGGAAACCAAAGAAGAAAGAGCCAAAGGAGACACAGAGUCCAAAGUGAAAAAACCGAAAGCGGGCAUGGCAGGGAAAGUGAAGGAGACAUUUGAUGCUGUGAAAAACUCCACCAAGGAGUUCGUCCACCACCACAAAGAGCAGAUUAAGAAAGCAAAAGAGGCUGUGAAGGAGAACCUGAGGAAGUUUUCAGAUUCUGUCAAAUCAACCUUUCGACACUUCAAGGACUCGGCUUCAACUUUCAUCAAUAAGGCCAGAGGCUUUUAUAAGAAGAGAUGUGAUGAGAAGAAUCCCAAAGAGUCCUUCCACAACACUCGAAAAUCAGGGUAUAAAGUCCACGAAGAUAGAGGUCAGAACAGCCACAAAGCCAACUUCAAAGGGUGCUCUGGUGUCUUUGACUGCGCCUACCAGGAGUCUAUGAGUCUCUUCAACAAAGCCAUGGAGCCGAUCAGAGCAGAUGAAUUUUACCAGCUGCUGCAGAGCUACCUGCACCAGGAGGUCGAUCACUUCCACCACUGGAAAGAGCUGGAGAUGUUCAUCAACAGCUUCUUCCACAAUGGGGUGUUCAUCCACGACCAGAUGCUGUUCACAGACUUUGUCAGCGGGGUGGAGGACUAUCUGGCAGAUAUGCACGAGUAUCACGGGCUCGACGAUGACGUGUUUGGAGAUCUUGAUGACUACGUCUACAGGCACUUCUUUGGAGAGACUUACACAAAAAGCUAUGGCCCAAGCGGGCCGUUUGAGAGACCCGACACCAACUCAAAGGAGGAGUCACGCUCAAAGCAUCAACGCAAGCAGCAGAGAGCCAGAUCUCGACCACACAGCGAACGCAAGUGGAGCAGAUCAGGAAGAAACAACGACAGACACAUGGCUGAUGUCAAAAUAGAACUGGGUCCGAUGCCGUUUGAUCCCAAAUACUGAAAAUAUCUCACCAGGUUUAAUAUUAUAGUUGCACAUUCUAUUUUUGGUUGUAUUUAGAUGCAAAAGCUCUUUUUUGUAAGUUUGCACAAUAUUAACUUUUUAAUGCUACUGAACGUCCUCGAGCUGUUUUGUGUUUAGUGAAGUAAUCAUCAUUAGGUUUGAGUGAAACAUGUGGCUUAUCUAUUUUGUAACAUGAGAGAUUCGUGUUCAUUUAACAUUGACAAAUGUUAACCACUUCAUUUUUAGGAUUUCCUGCUGAAGCACCACUGAUUCUCAUCUGCAACCACAGCACUUUUGUUUAGAAAUAUUUAGCGGAAAAUGUUACUUGUGAACCCAAAGCUAAACAAAAAAUGGAAAAAAGAAACAAAAAAAACAGACACGCCACAUUAAGGAUGUUUCCAUGUACAGCCAUAUAGUUGUUUUAAUUUGCUGCUACAAAGACAGGUCUAUGUGAUGUGGCUGUAUCUUGCUUUUAAAAUGCUGUUUUCUAACAUUCCACCUCAAGCUUGUUUCAACUGGACCUGGAAGUUUCGUUUUACUUUAACAUGAGAAAAAGGCUGGAAAAGCAAUUUCACACCAGAUUUUGUUGUGAAUAAUUGAAAAAAAAAAAAAAAGCACGUUUGAGAAGUGAUACUUUAAAAUGACAUCUGAGUUUUAAAAUAUUUAUUUCAGUAUCACAUCCUGACAUUCAUAAAUGGAAAGAAAAUUGCCAUUGUUCCAGUGUUUGUCAGUGCCUUUCAUAAAUAAAGAUGCUUCCUCCAACUCUUCCCUCAGGAAGGUGAGUGUGAAA